AUGGCGCGUCGGAUGUCGCCGGGGGGUGCCGCCGCGCCGCCGAUAACAAAAUCACUAGAGAACGUCGACCGUGAUGUUGGAAUCGGUAGUCGGUGGAAAGUUGAUGCGUUGGGAAUUAAUUGCAUUAAUAAGUGCGGAGGUUGGUGUUUACCGCGCGGGGCGAGGCGCGGGCUGCGUCGCGGGGGGCGAUCGGACACAAAGGAGAGGCGCGGCCCGGCGGCCGGCGAGUGGCGGACCGCGGGCCUUAUCACCGGCAUACAGUCGCCGCGCGCGAUCCGCGACGCACGUCCCGCGACAUUGCUACGACACCACACGGACACACGGACUCCGCUAACUUACAACCGAUGGACUAGUGACUUAUCACACGUGCCGACUCGCAAUAAGCGAGAGGCCAAAAUGUCGACUAAGGGUAAGCGUCCUAUGCGCGCCCUUACACCCGGAGAUAAAAUAGAGGCGAUACAGCGAGUUAACGACGGGGAAUCGAAAGCUUCGGUUGCCCGUGACAUUGGAGUGCCUGAGUCAACGUUACGCGGCUGGUGCAAGAAUGAAGAUAAACUACGCUACAUGACUUCUCGUCUAUCAUCACCGGACACAGACAAGAGUAAUGAUGGGGAGCCGCCCGACAAGCGCGCCCGCACUGAGUCACCCACGGCACCCCAGUCUCCGGUGACAACAGGACUUGAUCUCACAAACCAAGCGACUGUAACGCAUAGUGCUCCUCCACCGCCGGUUACCACCGAUAUCCCGGUAGAGCUCACAACCAAACGAAGUGAACCGUCACCUCCACUUCACCCACCUCGUGAACGCCGCCCUGAUCCCGGCGCAAGUGUUUCAAUGAGUGCUAUAAGCCCACUAUCGGGCCUUGGCCAUCUGCCCGGUCUUACUCAUUCACAUCUUGGUUUGAGCUUCAAUGAAAUCGCAACCAACCUGACACUACUUGCGCAACUUAACCCUGGUCUUUCCGCUCUCUCUGCGCAACCUGCUAGUCGUGCUCUACGCUCCGUGCGUUCCCCAAAACCAGCGCACAAUGGCGUUCUCAACUUAAAUGAAACUAAACAUCGGAGCAAGUCUAACCAUUCUUCGGACUUAUAUCGACAUAGCUCAAAGUCAAGUCAUCAUAUAACAUCACAAUCUGCGGCAUCGCAACCAGUGGAUGAUACUUUAUGGUAUUGGCUAAAGACCCAACAGGCUAUGCUAGAUUUAACCGCUCAAACGACGACUGCUCAUCCGCUUCAACUUGGGAAAGCAAGUGACCCAACUCUACCGCCGAAACCUGUAGCACCAGCGCCCCCUGUUUCUUCUCACCUCGAUUAUAAUAGGAAUUCGUGGCUGUGGCAAUAUUAUAAGCAGUUUGGAGGUGCCAUGCCUUUACCUGAAGAUAAACUUAAAUCUGCAUCUCAGGUGCCAAAAGAAAAAUCUGCUGAUAAUAUUCUAUAUUCACACCUCACUAAAAGAAAAACAGAGGAAGAUAGAAGUACCAUAAGCCCUGUGCAACAAAAUCAUACAAACGAUCGACACACAACCGAUCGCCACGCAACUGAAGCCUGUGAAACUGUCACAGCUCCUGAAGAGCCGCGUAUUGCUGAACCUGCGAUAAGCCCAGAAGUUGGAACUGAGAAUAAGGAACCUGUAGCAGAAAAGCCUAUUGAAUCUGGAAAGAGCCAAGCGAAAGCAAGAAACGUUUUGGACAACUUAUUAUUUAACAGUAGCAACCAAACUGUAAUCGAGGAAACUAAGAACAAUGGGCCUACAAACGGAGAGUGGGAAGCAGGCACUUUGGAGGCGCUGGAGCACGGCGACAAGUUCCUCGCAUGGCUGGAAGCGAGCGGCGACCCAAGCGUGACACGCAUGCAUGUGCACCAGCUGCGAGCGCUCCUGCACAACCUGCGCACGCGCCGGGUUGCGCCUGACGCCGCCCGCCGUAAA